CACCUUACAAGGCUUCAAGCUGCGCAAGAUGACACUGCAAUCCAUUCGCUCCAUCACCGAGUAUAAUAUCUCGACCUUCCGACGGCAUUAUGUCUCUGAGAUUGCUGGCUCCCUUGGAGACCUGGGGACUUUCCUCCCAAUAGCGCUCGCCUUAGCUGCCAACGGCACGGUCUCUCUUGCUAGCACGCUUAUCUUCUCUGGUCUUUUCAAUAUUUUGACAGGCCUCUUCUUCGGCAUCCCGCUGCCCGUUCAGCCCAUGAAGGCCAUUGCCGCAGUAGCUAUCGCGCGAUCCUUCUCGCCGGGAUCUAUCGCUGCAGCAGGGAUAUUUGUCGCAGCAGUUCUCUUUCUAGGAAGCAUCACCGGUCUGCUGCAGUGGUUUACCCGCGUUGUUCCCAUCCCAGUCGUCAAAGGCAUCCAAGUUGGGGCUGGCCUGUCCCUUGUAAUGGCAGCAUGCACCACCUUGCACGGCCUCGGGUGGACUCACCCUUCAUGGGCCGACAACCGUCUCUGGGCCAUUGGCGUCUUCGUGGCUCUCCUGCUCACGAACUCUACACCCAAACGACUGCCUUAUGCCCUUGUUGUCUUCAUUAUCGGUGUGGUCCUCGCAAUCAUCCGCAGCUCCCUAAAGUCCAACCUCCCCUCAUUCUCGAUCUGGCACCCAUCUAUCGUGAUUCCAGUUGGCAGUGAAUGGUCGGAAGGUGCCGUUGAUGCAGGCCUUGGCCAGCUUCCGCUCACAACGCUCAACUCUGUCGUCGCGGUCGUCCAUCUAGCAGCCGAUUUACUCCCGUCUGUUCCCACACCAUCCGUCACAGCCAUCGGUCUCAGUGUCUCUAUCAUGAACUUGAUUGGCGUCUGGUUCGGUGCGAUGCCUGUCUGCCACGGCUCCGGCGGGCUAGCAGCCCAGUACCGGUUUGGCGCGCGCUCCGGAGCCAGCGUUGUCUUUCUAGGAGUCUGCAAGCUUGUUCUUGGCCUGGUGUUUGGCGAAAGUCUAGUUAACUUGCUGCACCGGUGGAAGAUGAGAGUGGAGAGCAGGUGCACUUGUCUGAGGAGGAGAGGAACAAGAGGUGGAUGGUCAUGAUGGUCACAGUUGGCUUGCUGGUGGGAUUUAGGAACGAUGCUGUGGGAUUCGUUGCCGGAAUGUUGUGCCACUGGAGUUUUGAGUUGCCAGCAUUGAUACACCGUGCCAGACACCGUUGGUCGGAACGGAGGGUGCGAUUGCCUUGAAACUCAACACUACAAACUGAACGCCGGUACGAACUUACGCAGCCAUUCGUAGCAUGACGAGCAUGACAAAAGAAGCGUCUUAUUUAAAAAUAAAACAACGUAACUAUAGUCAUAUCAUCACGCAUAGCAUAGCAUUGUCGUUUGAUUCAUUAUCCACUAGUUGAACCUAUUCAUCCCUCGAAUCUUUCUGAUAUCGACCUCAUUCGAACUCUUCAUCGCCCACGUCCUCAAUCCUCCUCAUCCCAUCACUCUGCGCAUCGGGCAGCGCCGCAAGUUCCCGUCCAUCUUUAUCGUACCGGUGUUCCUCAACAAUAACAGGCUGGCCCAAGUCCUGCCUGAUCGUACGAACGGUCGUUGUGCCGUCAGGAGACGUCUGAGUUUGAGUGCUGUAACGGUGGGCAGAAUGGUGUUCUUCGGGUUGUUGGCCGUCGCGGGAAAAGGAGCUGGAAGAACUACUGAAGAAGGUGGAGGUUGAGGAGGUGGUUGUGCUGAAGGGCAUUCUGCUUCGAGAUAUAAUUGUUUAAAUCGUCUUUUGUUAUAUAGAGGGGUAGAGUG